GCUCAUUAGAUAGUAUAGUAUGAGUUAUAUUCCUUCCAGUCUAUCUCAUAUUAUUCCUGUUUUUUUCGCAAUAUUAAUUUGCACGGUUUUUCUCUUCGCUAUUAUGGAUGAGAAACAAGCGAUAUUUGAAUGUAAAUUAGUUGAAGUGGAGAAAAAAAUUCUAUCUGUCAUCCCAUCGUACAAGAGUGAGUUCGUUCCAAUAGACACAAGUUUUGGUACAGAUGAAAAAAUUUGGACAGUAUCGGUGAACACAGAAUCAUCGAAUACACCUUUAGUGUUAUUACAUGGUUUUGCCGCUUCGCUUGGAUUCUGGUGUUUGAAUUUCGAGCCUCUUUCUAGAGAAAGGCCGCUCUAUGCCAUCGACCUUUUAGGAUUCGGAAGGUCCACCAGGCCUGAUUUCAGCGAGAACAAUUUAGAAGCUGAGAAACAAAUGGUAGAGGCCAUCGAAUCAUGGAGGAAACAGAUGAAAAUAGAAAAAAUGAUCCUAUUGGGACACAGCAUGGGGGCAUAUUUAUCUGGAUUGUAUUCGAUGACAUACCCUGAAAGAAUUCAGCACUUGAUUCUGGCAGAUGAAUGGGGUUACACGGACAAAUAUGAAGAACCUCCGAUUUUUUUACGAUUUUUGUCGAUUAUCUUCUAUAAAUUCAACCCAAUUGGAUUUAUCCGAUCGAUGGGACCUGAAUGGGGUCCAUAUUUUAUGCAAAAAACACGACGAGAUAUCUUCGGGAAAAUAGGAGACAAAUUGAUGGAUCAGUCGAUAUUACCAAAAUAUUUCUAUUAUUGUAAUGCUGCAAGAGAACCAACGGGUGAAAAAGCGUUUUAUAAUAUGGUUCUUGGAGUUGGAUGGGCCAAAUAUCCGUUGAUCAAGAGAAUAGAUAAACUGGAUAAAAACAUUCCAAUAACAUUCUUAUACGGUUCACAUACUUGGAUGGACAGUGCAAUGGGUCCUAGAAUAAAACAUUUAAGACCAGAUUCAUUCGUAGAUGUUCAUGUAGUUGACAAUGCAGGUCAUCAUAUAUAUUCAGAGAAUGCUGAUCAUUUCAAUGAAAUUGUCUCAACAACCUGCCGGCUUGCUGACCAGAAGAAGUGCCCACCAAAGCUCUAAAGAAAUAAGAAAUUAAAAGACAUUCGAGACAUGUACAAACACAUCUAUUUUGUAAUUUAUUGAUCAGCUAUUUGAAAAUCUAUCCUUAUCUUUAUUUGCUGUUUUUCAAUUCAAUUUUCGUACAACGUUGUUUAGAGGGAAAAGUAUUGAAUAUUUGUGAGAAAA